CAGGUCGCGUCGCGUUUGGAGGGCCGCGACCAUGGCUUCCUGGGCCGCCCUGUCGCCCAGCAUCGUGGAGUAUUUCGAGGGCGAGGACUCCUACCGCUGCGGCUAUUGCAAGAACGAGUCGGGCAGUCGCUCCAAUGGUUCCCGUCCAGAGGCUUAUCCUUCCAGCAGGUGCUCGGAUGCGCGAUAAUGAUGGUCCCGCCGUGGCCCCAGGUAUGUGGGCGCAUUCAAUGACAGUACAGGAUUAUCAGGAUCUUAUAGAUCGAGGAUGGCGAAGAAGCGGGAAAUAUGUGUACAAGCCUGUCAUGAAUCAAACAUGUUGUCCUCAAUACACAAUAAGGUGCCGACCUUUACAGUUUCAGCCAUCAAAAUCUCACAAGAAGGUUUUGAAAAGAAUGUUGAAAUUUCUGGCUAAAGGGGAAAUUUCCAAAGGAAAUUGUGAGGAUGAGCCCAUGGAGCCCACCAUGGAGGACACCGUUGCAGGUGACUUUGGGUUGAUAAAUAAAUUGGAUAUACAGUGUGACCUUAAAACACUCAGUGAUGACGUCAAAGAGAGCUUUGAGAGUGAAGAGAAGAAGAAAGGAAGAAGCCCCAAAAAAGAAGAAUCUAAGGAAUUAAUUCAGUCACAACAUAUAGAGGAGAAGUUGGGCUCUGGUGAACCAUCCCAUCCAAUUAAAGUGCACACAGCUCCUAAACCAGGCAAAGGGGCAGAUUUGAGUAAGCCUCCAUGUCGGAAAGCAAAGGAAAUCCGGAAAGAAAGGAAAAGGUUAAAACUCAUGCAUCAGAACCCAGCUGGAGAACUAGCAGGUUUCCAGGCUCAAGGUGAACCGCCAUCUUUGUUCCAACCAAAGGCUAAUAAAUCCAACCAGCCCAAAUCACUUGAAGAUUUAAUUUUUGAAUCUUUACCAGAGAAUGCAUCACACAAGUUAGAGGUGAGGGUGGUGAGAUCAUCUCCACCAAGUUCUCAGUUCAAAGCCACAUUUCAGGAGUCUUACCAGGUCUAUAAACGUUACCAGAUGGUUAUUCACAAGGACCCACCUGAUAAACCAACUGUGAGCCAGUUCACAAGGUUCCUUUGCAGCUCACCUCUGGAGGCAGAGAAUCCCCCUCAUGGACCAGAUUGCGGUUACGGUUCCUUUCACCAACAGUAUUGGCUUGAUGGAAGAAUCAUUGCUGUGGGGGUGAUUGACAUUCUUCCAUACUGUGUAUCGUCUGUGUAUUUGUACUACGAUCCUGAUUAUUCAUUCCUGUCUUUGGGUGUCUACUCUGCACUACGAGAAAUUGGUUUUACUAGGCAACUUCAUCAGAAAACAUCUCAACUCAGCUAUUAUUAUAUGGGUUUCUACAUUCAUUCAUGUCCCAAGAUGAAAUAUAAGGGUCAGUAUAGACCUUCUGAUUUGUUGUGUCCUGAGACGUAUGUUUGGGUGCCCAUUGAGCAGUGCCUGUCUUCACUUGAGAACUCAAAGUACUGCCGUUUCAACCAGGACCCAGAAGCAGUGGACGAAGGUCGCAGUAAGGAACCCGACCGUUUGCAGGUGUUCCAUAGGAAAGCCAUAAUGCCCUACGGCAUCUAUAAGAAGCAGCAGAAGGACCCAAGCGAGGAGGCGGCCGUGCUGCAGUAUGCGGGCCUGGUGGGGCAGGUGUGCUCCGAGCGGAUGCUGCUGCUGCGGAACUGACCGGUACCCACGCUGCACCUGGGGAGACCCCCAGCCUACCCCCAGUAUAGAUGAUUUUUAUUUAGACUCUUCUAUGGCUUUUCUAAAAUAUUUGUGGCAAUGUAUUUGUGAGACUCUCCUGGUUAAUAUAAAGAUUUUAAAAAUAUGUUGUGCCCUAACCUCUGAGUGGGGCUUUAUCAUUUUGGAAGUUUGCUUUAUGAACAAGAUACGGUAUAAAUGUCUCGUGUUACUCUUUUGGAAAACAAAAUUAAUAAGUGGAUCUUAAGUCAUUUAAAUCACCGUUGUGCUUGUUUUGUGAAAGAAAUUACAGCAGGCUUUCCUCAGAUCCAUUUACGACAUUAGUUUCUGCUACGAGACUAUAAAGAUGGGGAAGAAGGUGGGGAGUCGGUUUUAUCUCUUCAAAAACGUCCUCUCAGGAGAACGAAACUAUUGUUACUCAGCUCAGUCUUACUGCCGAAUGUUAUAUAGUUAAUGGAAAACUCAGAAAAAGAAAAUACAAACCUGAAAGAAAGGACGACGUGUGAACAUCACAUGUUCAUUUACCCAGGACAGUCCCCAUCGUGUCUGUUGUCUUGACAUGCUUGUUUUGUUCUAGAAUAAUUAUUACUCUCAUAUAAUUUUGCUCUCAAAAGUAUCCCAGUUUGGACAACAAGAUAUAUGAUUAUCCUAGUUGUAUAUAUUAUUUGCUCUAUUUUUAAAAAUCUAAGAAAUGGAGGUUUUUGUAGGUCUUUGUUUUUUUGUUUUUGUUUUUAAUGUUGGCUCCUGCCUUGACCUAAGACCCAUCAGAAGUGACUUUACACUAAUUUUUUCAUUCCUUAGAACUCAGGACACUUGCCCUUGGUUAUUGAUUAAAAAUUAGUUAAUAUCUGACCACGUUAUAGCUGGGCUACAAAUCACGUUUAAUGAAGCGUAGGAAUCACUUUGACCUCUAUUCUAGGGCAAGAGGUGGAGCAAUCCAUGUCUUGCCCUUUGAUUUGGGAAUCAGCACAUGCUAGCUCCUUCUCCUCACCUUCUUCUGGCCCCUCACCCAGUCAGCAAAUGUCCCUUGUCCACCACCAUCAGGCUGGCAGGCACUGUGCUGGGGGAAGGAGGAGACUCAGGCGGAUCAGGUCACAGUUAGGACCCAGUUGUGUUGGAGUCGAUCAAGGACCGGGGAGGGUUAGUUUCCUCUGCUCUUUCUCAGCCGAUCCCCAUCUGCUGCCGGCUGCUUGGCCACUGGGUUCAUUCCAUUCCCCAUUUUGCUUAUUUCCUAUUGAUCUUUUUUUUAAACCGUAUUAUAAAACGUAGUACUUUGAAACCCACUACUGAUGUGAAACUUUUGUCUCCUAAAUGCACUGAAUUUAGAUAAGACAUUAGAAAAUAAUUUCAGUUAGCUAAAAGAAGGAUUAUGAAACAUUGAUUUUAAAAUUCAACAUCCAAAUAAACUGUGUAUUUAUUCAUUUCUGAGAGGGUGUGUGUGUGUGUCUGUGUAACACCUGCCGUGUACAGACACAUUGCCAACUGAGGAUAGAGUAGCAGGGAAAGCCAUUUUCUCUGAUCACAUAGAUUUUUCAUUCUUUGGGAUUUUGUUCUACAAAAUAGUCUCCCAAGAGUAUUUGAUGGGCUCUUGUUUGGAACUGCCUUCAGAAUCUACAGAACUUUUUUUCUUUUGCCCUCAUAAGUUGAAGAUAGCUUAAUGUUUUUAGGAUUACAAAAUGAUACUCACUGUAAGCAAUUAAAACAUUAGUAAAACCAUAAAUAAGAAAGUAAAAUAUAAUCUGAAGUUCAACCAUACCAGAGAAAAAAUUGUUAUAUGUCUACACACAUAUAAUUUUCUUAUAAAUAGAAUUAUGUUCUAUACACCAUUUUGUGGGCAUACCUGAAUUGUGGAAGACAUUUCCAGGUGGGACUUGAGAAGUGUUACAAGUAAUCUGAGUACGUGGAAAGUCAGCGCGGUGGGGUGGGAUCUUGGUACUCUUGGCUUUGGAACAUUCACGUUGAUGCCACCUCAUCACCCCCACUUUCAUCCCCAUGAUUGGCAGGACGGCAGCACUAAAGAUCACAACUCUUGAGUAUGCCUUGAAGAGAAAACUUGACUCUUACAUCAUACCACAACUCUGGUUUCCUCCUGCAGAAUUCAGUUAGGGUUCCUUCAGAGGAAAGUGAUCCAUCACUCCUGUCUGAGAACCGGGAUGCUGCGCCUGAGGGCGGCAGUGGUCAAGGUUGGCUGCAGUGAGCCACCAGAGAGAGCUGGGCGCAAAAACUCUUACUCCGUUACUGUAUUCAUGUGCUGUUCUUUUGGAAAUAGACUGUCUAUUGAUCCUAAUGAGUUAAUUAUUUGUUCCUUUGAGCCCUGGCUGAGUGAGGAUUAAUCGCGUGCUAGGAAAGGACAGCAAGGCAAGUGACCCUGCUUUGUCAGUCGACAUGCAGUCUAGCUGAGAAAUCUGGUUUUAUGUUAAUGGCUUUCAUCCAAAGAAAGACACUCGAGAACCUUUCAAAGACAGUUUCUAUCUUUUCAAGGCUAGAAGCUGUGUGUUUACCGUCUUAGAGUUGUCGUUCCUUUCUGGAUGCAGGUAAAUUCACACCUGCCUCCUUGUCUUGGGAGCAGAAAUGUAAUCAAGGUUUCCCAGCUGCCAUCUUUAUUUAAAUUCUCCCAGUUCUGUGAGAUUUUUGUUAUUUUUUUAAAAUGUAAUCUGAGCACUUUUUUUAAUAUUCUAUAAAAGAGGCUAUUACCAAAUGAAUAUAUUAUUCAUUUGAUUAAAAUUAUUUAGAUAAGAAAUUAUUACUGUUUAUCUUUGCUUUCAGACAGUGUAUCCUAUUUUUUAUCCAUUUUUCAAAAUAUCACUUGUGUGCUGUUUCUUAACAUAUCGGACUCUAUUAUGUAAAUGAACCUUUUCAGAUUUCUGAGCAGUAUAUGGUUUGAUUUUAUAGGCUUUAUACUAUUUCAGUGUGAAUAAGAAUGAGAAAGAAUAUGAUCAGUUAUCUAGAAUGUGUUGGUGGUUGCUAACUUUAAAGAAAAGGAAAUGAAAUGGAAACAUAAUGUUUGAAUUAGAAUUUAUUCAAAUAUGUAUUCUUUUCCAAAAGAAAACCAGUGACUGUAAAGCAAAACAAGUUUGAUUGCAUGUGAUAUUUUUUUGCUCUUGUGUAUGCAUUUUGAACAGUCCAUUUGAUAAAGCUUGAAUGGAAAAAAAUAAAGCUGUUUCUAUCUCCAGUG